AUGGAGGCGGUGCAGGGCACAGGCUUGGCCUUCAUCGCCUUUACUGAAGCCAUGACCCAUUUCCCAGCCUCGCCUUUUUGGUCUGUUAUGUUCUUCCUAAUGCUGGUCAAUCUGGGGCUGGGCAGCAUGUUUGGCACUAUCCAGGGCAUCCUCACACCAAUUGUGGACACCUUUAAAGUACGAAAGGAAUACCUCACAGUUGGCUGCUGUGUACUUGCCUUUUUUAUUGGUUUGACAUUUGUCCAGCGAUCAGGGAACUACUUCGUGGCCAUGUUUGACGAUUAUUCAGCCACUCUGCCUCUCCUCAUCGUUGUUCUGCUGGAGAAUAUCGCUGUGGCCUGGGUUUACGGCACUGACAAGUUCUUUGAGGAUCUGAAGGACAUGCUUGGUUUUACACCGUACCGCUAUUAUUACUAUAUGUGGAAGUUUGUGACUCCAGUGCUGCUGCUGGGGCUCCUGGCCGCAAGCGUCAUUCAGCUGGGACUGGUGCCUCCUAGCUACAGUGCGUGGAACCAGCAGCUGGUGAGUGACGCUAAGUGA